GCAACGCGCCUGUGUGACACUUAUCUAAGUGCACGGAUCUCUCUCAAACUAUCAACGUUCGGUGCCACAAAACGAUCCAAAUUCAGAAUUUCCCUUGCUUGCAAGCAAGUGCACUCACCAGGUCCUGUGUUCUCGGUUGGCAUUGCUUGGCAAACAGACUGCAUUCAUCCUUCUAGUCUAUAUUUUGUAUUUGUGUCACAUAAAAGAAACCUAACAAAAAUGAGCCCACUAAAGAAACGAAUUUCAGGUGCAGAAUUCUUUGACGACGAGAGCAUCGCUGUCGAGGUGCUCAGUAGCACCAAAGAGCAGCAAAGCUUUGGUACCAGUACCCCGUCACGACAAUCUAUCAGAUCCAGCAAUGCCUCGGGAGGUGAUCUAAUGCCUCUUGAUAUGUUUCCUGAUGAGCGAUCAAUUGAAUCUGACUUCGGUUCACAAUGGACAGGAGAUGGAUACGAUGGAUCGAAGGAGGAAGAUGAACAGACUGAGAGGGAUAUUUUUGAAAAGGCUCGCCAAUAUCUAUCUCCCGGACCCAUCGUGAGAUACAUGAUCUACCUGUAUGGGGAGCGCAAGCUUUUGACCUUCUUUUGUGCGCAUUUUAUGUGCUCAAUGGUGAUUUUUGCACACUUCUUCUUGAUCAAGUUUGAUCAAAAGGCUGCUGCAGUGCCAGAAGGGGCGCCGUUUUAUUGGUGGAAGCGAAUAGUACCUCCUAUCGAGUUUGGUACCAUGCACGCUGUUCUAUUUCAGAUGGCGCUGAUACCCCUCACCAUGUGUCGCUAUACCAUCGCUGGCUUGUCGGAAUCUGUGGUCAACAGUGUGGUCCCCUUGAAUCGAAUGAUCCGCCUACACAUCCAUCUAGGAUACACAAUCUGCAUUCUUUUGGUUCUUUCCACCAUUCUCUUCUUUAUCUUCUUUGGGACGCUGUGUGCGAAUGGUGAAGAGGCCAUCUGUGCCAAGCUCACAUCGGAGAUCAUGUGUACUGGUUAUGGAAUUUUCGCUUCGAUUCUCAUCUUGCUAGGGACAUCAUAUUUCCGAAAUCGAAUUCCUUAUGAGGUGUUCUACGGAGUGCAUCAUUUGGUCUUCAUCAUGUACGCAAUCACAAUCGCCCAUACACUCGACGACAAACAGCGUAAUCACGAGGCAAACCGCUCCCAGACGUUCAAAUGGUUCUCGGCAACACUGCUGUACUACUUUUGUGACCGAGCGGCAAUGUAUUUAAACCAUCGCUACAAGGCCGGCCUUGUUUCUUCAUCCACAAUUGAAGGAGGAAAUGGGUCGAGGAUGAUUAUCCUUCGUCUUCGUCGUCCUGCACUCUUUGAUUUCAAGCCAGGUCAAUAUGCGUUUCUUCGUAUUCCAUCGAUUGAUCAACAGUGGCAUCCUUACUCGAUUGCUUCGGGAGCGUCGAGUUCACAGUUAGAGUUUUAUGUGGAAGUGAUGAAGAAUGGUUCUUGGACGGAUAGUCUUUGGCGUCUCUUAGACGGGGACGGGGACAGUGGAUUCAGCAAGAGGCAGAUCGAUGUGGAUAUUUUGGGACCUUGUGGGACAUCCUUAGCAAAAACAGAGGACUUUUCUCAUGCUCUAGCUAUUGGCACCGGAACCGGAAUUGUUCCAAUUCUCUCAUUGUAUAAGCAACAUGUGCGUCAACUGCUGCGGUUGGAUCCAUGGAGUCACUUUCAGGAUCUUGAGAACCACAGUAAGAAGAUUGUAGCUGCAGAAAGGGCUUUGGCCGCACGAAAGGGUUCGCUUGCGCUAAGGGCCGCAAAUGCUUGUGUUGCGCUGUGCAAACGACGACCUGACAUUCUGGACGCGGCCACAAACGCUGCAGUCGGUCCGGAUGACUCUUUAGCAACAGUGAUUGCACGAAAGAUUCAGAUGCAUGAAAGACGGCUGAGAUGGAAGGAUGUAAGAGCUAGCAAGCAACGAUUGAAGUCCCAGGCCUUUCAAGCUACCAGGUCAAUUUAUGGAGUUGUUUUGCUCGCAUUACUGCCAGCCAUCGGAGUGUUUGUGAUUGGCAUGACAAUAUCAGUGAACACAAGUAGCGCGAACCAACGAGAUGCAAUAAAACUCGUUCUGCAAGCAUCUACGUUUGUGUUCCAAGUGAUCUUCGCAUUCACAACGAUAUGCAUAUGGGACUUCAAUGACCUGCUAGCAUAUACGGACACGGUAACAUGCCUAAUUGCCCCUUUUGCGGACUGGUAUUGGUGGCUGCAAUAUGACAACAAUGACACUGGAAAGUUGACCCCGAGCGACGUUACUACUUUCUGUUUGUUGACUGGCUAUAUGACAGCGAGAUUGUGGAGUCGGGCAGUGAAACCGCAUAACAAAUCCUGGCGCAAAAGCGUCUCGACGGAUGUCAUUGGUGGUGCCAUGGAAGGACUCGACAUCGUUUGGGUAUCUAGAUCGGCCUCAUUAGUAUCAGAGCUCAUGCCUGAUAUCAAUUCUAUUUGGGACUCGUUGGCUGAGCAAUGGGGAAGAGAGAACGCCUCAAAAGUCUGCAAAAUCUCAGUCUACGUUACAGACGAGGAUGAAACAGCAUGUGAGCUUCUGCGCAAAGAGCUUUCUUCAACUCAACUGUUUGAAGACGGAGCCAUUCGCUUUGGCCGUCCCAACUUUGAUCAACUGAUUGAGGACCAUACGAUACGGAUGAUUUGUACGCGUAAGAAGUCCUACUCUUUGCUUGCUUUCUGUGGAUCACAGGAUGUUGCCGAAGAGCUGCAAAGAUCCAAAGUCUCCAAUGAUAUGGUAACAGCGAUAACAGGCCAAAACAACGCUCAUCAGAUGGAGUUCGUUUCAGAAAGCUACGGAGGGUCAAAGCGAGAGAAGAAAACGGGAAAAGAAACUUCGGGGCAACCAGAAGAAGAAAAAGCGGAGGGGCUAACUACGAGGACAUUCACCUCUUACUGUCCACCAAGCAGCCGGAAGUACUUGAUUUGAGCUUACAUGUAAACCGGUGGAGGACGUUGGGGUUGGGUUAGUCAACGUGUCAGGAAUCGAACGAGAAGUAGAGCAGAAAUAUACCAUAGUAGUCUUAGCACAUUGCUUC